AUAUUGAUUGACAUACUUUAAACAUAAAAUUUAUUUGAAAAAUAAUUGCAAUAUGUAUUAUUAAUGUAGAGAAGCUAUAAAAUGCACUUGAGCAUGUGGUAAGUUCGUUUCAUUAUAUGCAUAUCAACUCAAGCUCAUUAAGUGAUGUCAUUAAAUGUGUGGAAAAGUAUUUAAAAAAUGAUCUGCUCUUUGUUACAUUUAGGAAUCUAGAAUUUCGACAAGACUUAUUGUUGGAGAGAGAAGAUAUAGUAAAAUGUAUUGAAGGCGAUAUUUUGGAUGUGAAUCAGAUAAUGCGAGAACUCGCGGCAGUGGUCUACCAGCAAGGCGACACGUUAAACACAAUAGACAGCCAUAUAGAAAACGUACAUGGAAACGUUGAGUUAGGAGCGCAAGAAUUGAUCAAGGGAAGUAAUUACCAAAGUAAAUACCGUCGAAAAGUUUUUAUCUUACUGUUGCUCGCUAUCAUAGUAGUUGUUAUAUUAAUUAUUGUCCUAGUCACUAAAUUAAGUUAGCGCUCUUGAUCGUCGUAGAUAAUGCGAUAGUGGAAAAGGUUGUCUCAAUCUAUUUUAUUGAUCACAAAAUUAAUACCAAGGGAAGAUAUACCUAAAUCGUCAGUUUCUAUGCGAUAUGGGGAGAGGAUAGACUUAUUUUAUAUCCGUGUGUAAAUUUAAUACAUAAUUCGAGUAUAUUAUUUUCCUGUACUGAUCCAGUAAAACGUUGUACGCUAUACUCACUGCAGAAAUCUAUUGUUACUUGCGUUUUAUUGCAGCUUGAAUUGAAUAAUAAUUCAGACUUGAACAAAAAUGUUAGAUGCGUGACUUGAAAAUUUUCAUAGCAGAACAGUUUUCUCUGAGUAGAGUAUAAUUUCAAAUACUGCAAUGUGAUUUAUAAUUUUUGCUCUAUCUGGAAGCAGUUAUCUAAUUCAAUCAUUUUACUUGUUUUCUCAAUAAUUUAUACAACACUAUAAAUGUCAGAAGUGUUUAACAAAGAUGUUAAUGUUAUGUUCUAGUUCCCAAUUUUAUGACGACAUAUGUAUAUAUUAUUUGUUGAAAAUGCAGUUAUGUGUUACACAUCAAACUCUAUAUUAUUUCGAAUACUUAUUAUUAUAAAAUAUUUGUAUACUGUAAAUAGGAAAGACAGUUAUAAUUUAUUUAUCAAGGAAUACGUU